CAAAGAAGAGGAAUUCUCAACAUGGAAAAGCUCUACAAAGAAAAUGAAGGAAAGCCAGACAAUGAAGAGAACCUAGAAAACGAGAUAAAACCAGAAGAUGAAGGAAGUUCAGAUGAUGAAGAAAAUGGAGACAAGAAAAAGCCGGAAGUGAACAAGAAGCCAGAAUAUGAGGGAAAGCUAGAGGAUGAGGGAGAGCCAGAUGAGGAGGGACAAGAAGAUGAGGGAAAGCAAGAAAAGCAGGGGAAGUCCGAAGGUGAGGGCAAACCACAAGGUGAGGGCAAGACAGAAUCCCAGGCAAAGCCAGAGAGCCAGGCACCGGCUGCCGAGAAGCGUCCAGCUGAAGAUUAUGUGCCCCGGAAAGCAAAAAGAAAAACGGACAGGGGGAGGACUGAUGAUUCUCCCAAGGACUCUCAGGAGGACUUACGGGAAAGGCAUUUGAGCAGUGAGGAGAUGAUGAGAGAAUAUGGAGAUGUGUCAAGGGGCCAGGAGGAGCUAAAGAAAAAGCAGAAAAUGGGUGGUUUUCAUUGGAUGCAGAGAGAUGUACAGGAUUCAUUCUCCCCAAGGGGCCAACGGGGUGUCAGAGGGGUCAGAGGGGGAGGUAGGGGCCAGAAGGACUUAGAAGAUGCUCCAUAUGUUUAACAUUUUGGCCUUCAAUUCUGAUUUC